AAAAUAUCAUACUUUGCAGGAGCACAACUCCCACCUCUUACAAAGAGACAUGUGGGGCCCUGUGAGAGGAGGAGCUUAUAAAGAUUUCACAUCUUCAUUAUUAUCUAAAUAAAUCAAGAAAAAUAAAUAAAAGAAAAACUAAUUCCAAACCAAAAUUAAAACCUUGUUCGAGUCCAGUUUUUUUUUUCUUUCUUUUUUUUCCUUGGUUGUGUUGUUUAUCCAAUGUGAGAUCCUCCUUAAUAAACGGGUCUUCUUCAGUUAGAACUUUAAUUCUUUACCCCAAAAAAAUAAAAAUUAUACAUGUCAAAUACUUCAUACAAAAGGAAAAAGCACACAAAGGCAAAAAUAAAUUUGGAAUAAAUAAAAAACAAAUUGUACUUCUCAGGCCAAUAAAAGUUAGUUACUCAUACCAGUUCAAAAAAAUUCCUCCAAAGAGGACAGACAGGUCUAUUGACAAUUAAUUACACAUAUAAUUUCGCAGUGAAGGCCAUAGCCUUUGAUCUGCAGCUACUUCUCUUUGGUUAAUUUGCGGAGGCCAAAUGGAAAGCGGAACCCUUGAUGAGCUUCGCAUAUUCUUCUUCCCCUUCAUGGCUCAAGGCCAUAUCAUACCCACCAUAGACAUGGCCAUGGUUUUUGCUUCCCGAGGUUCCAAAGCCACCAUCAUCACCACCCCUUUUCAUGCCCCACUUUUCUCCAAGACCAUUCAAAAAACUAAUUUUUCUGGUACCCACAUAAACAUUCUUACCUUCAAAUUCCCUUCUGUGGAGAAUGGAUUGCCCGAAGGAUGCGAGAGCCUUCACAUGGCGAAUUCCCCUGAACUGCAACCCAAAUUCUUUAAAGCUAUUACCACGCUCGGCCCACAGCUUGAUCAGCUUUUAGAGCAACACCGUCCGGAUUGCCUUGUGGCGGACACGUUCUUUCCUUGGGCUACCGAUAUUGCAGCUCGAUAUGAAAUUCCCAGGUUGAUUUUCCAUGGAACUUGCUAUUUCUCUCUAUGUGCUUCACUAUGCGUCUUUCGUUAUAAGCCCUACAAGAGCGUCUUUUCCGAAACAGAGCCAUUCAUCAUUCCCAAUUUACCAGGUGAGAUAAAGUUUACAAGAAACCAGUUACCGGAUUUUGUAAAGAAUGAUGAAGAAACUGAAUUUACAGAAGUGUACAAAGCGGCUAAAGAGGUGGAGAGUAGGAGCUAUGGGGUUCUGGUUAACAGCUUUUAUGAGCUCGAACCGGUUUAUGCUGAUCAUUACAGUAAAGGUUUGGGGUUUAAGGCAUGGCAUAUUGGCCCGCUUUUCUUAUACAAAAAGGUGUUUGAAGAAAAAGCUAAGAGGGAAAUGGAAGAAUCCUCCCUUGACGAACACGAGUGUUUGAAAUGGCUUAGUUCUAAGAAACGCAAUUCGGUUGUUUAUAUAUGUUUUGGAAGUUUGACAGAUUUCAUUGAUGCUCAGCUAAUGGAGAUUGCAGCGGGUCUUGAAGCUUCUGGGAAGGAAUUCAUUUGGGUUGUGAAGAAAGGAAAAAAUGAAGGUGUUAAAGAAGAGUGGCUACCGGAAGGAUAUGAGAAGAGAAUGGAAGGAAAGGGGCUAAUUGUGAGAGGUUGGGCACCUCAAGUGCAAAUCCUUGAUCAUGAAGCAGUGGGAGGAUUUGUGACCCAUUGUGGGUGGAACUCAACAAUGGAGGGGAUAUGUGCCGGGGUGCCAGUGGUAGCAUGGCCAGUUUCUGCAGAACAGUUUUACAAUGAGAAGUUGGUGACUCAAAUACUUGGUAUUGGUGUGUGUGUUGGGAACCAAAAAUGGGCUAGACUGGUGGGGGACUUCGUGAAGAGGGAAACCAUAGCAAAGGCUGUGAAUCAGAUAAUGGAGGGUGAAGAAGCAGAGAAAAUGAGAAGCAAAGUCAAGGCAUUAGGGGACAUGGCAAGAAGGGCUAUAGAGGAAGGUGGAUCUUCUUACUUGGACUUCAAUGCCUUCAUUGAAGAAUUGAAACUGCGUAGGAUGGAGCGUAAUUCAAGCUAGAAGAAACGUUUCCUUAACAUGCACUGAGAACUUUGUCAGUGUAAGAAAUUAAUUCCUAGAGUGGAGGACCAUUUGGCAUUUGUCCAAGUCCUCUCUUUUUUUUACUAUAUAUGUACAUAUAUAUAUAUAUAUAUAUAGAUGUGUAUGUAUGUAUGUAUUUAUUUUUUCCCUCUACCAAAUGGAACACCUAAUAACGCAUGAUAAUAAAUAUCCAUGGAAAUUGGGUGGAGAAAGACUUAAAGAUGGUUUGGAAUUUGCUUGCCAAUGUCUUAUGGAGUAGGUAUUGGCAUCUUCAACAAAGAUUUUGUGUGAGGUAAAGAGGUCCACGUCUACCAUUGUAAGAAGUUUCCGUAGUUAGAAAGUGAAAUUGUAAGAGAACUAUGAGUUAUUUGAGAAAGAAAUUCAAUAGAGGGAACAAUAAUUUAUCA